AGAUCAACAACAACAACAACAAAAAAAACAUCAAUAUCAUCAAUAUUUAUCAACGCACACACACAAACGAAGACGUCGACAAUCAAGCAUACCGAAAAAAAAUGCCAGAAUUUACUGAUCAGAAAAUUUUUUUUUUCAGUUCAUGUGUUUUUCCUGGUAACCCAAAAAAAGUGAUUGAUCGAUUUUGUUGUUGAUUUAGUUCAUGCAGUUGAAUUUUUCUUUUUUUUUGUGUGUUUAUGUUUUAUGUGUGUGUCUACAAAAUGAACUAAAAUUAAACAAACGAUAAAUAAAAAAAAAAAAUUAACCUGAAUAAAAAAAAAUUUCGAACCGGUUGCCUGUCAAUACGUCGUUUGGUGUGUACGUGUGUGUAUACGUGAACAAUCUCAUGUUUGCUCGUGGAUUAAUUCCAACUGGUACGGGUGGUUCAAUCGCUACCAGUGGUGGUGGAAAUUUAAUGAUGACUGGUACUGGUGGCCAUCAUCAUCAUCAUCAUCACCAUUAUCCACAUCAUCAUCAUCACGGUGGUGGUGGUGGUGGUGGAUUUUAUACAUCCAAUGGUUUUACCGGUACUGGUACCGGAUCUAUUGGUACUUAUGGUGCAAGUAAUAGUGGUGGUGGUGGUAGUAGUAGUAUAACUGAAAAUAAUCGUGUGAUAUUAAAUGUUGGUGGCAUACGUUUUGAAACAUAUAAAACAACAUUAAGAAAAAUUCCGGCAACACGUUUAUCACGUUUAACUGAAGCAUUGGCAAAUUAUGAUCCCGUUUUGAAUGAAUAUUUUUUUGAUAGACAUCCGGGUGUUUUUGCACAGAUUCUAAAUUAUUAUCGAACCGGAAAAUUACAUUAUCCCACUAAUGUUUGUGGCCCAUUAUUUGAAGAGGAGCUAGAAUUCUGGGGUCUUGAUGCUAAUCAGGUUGAACCUUGUUGCUGGAUGACAUAUACAUGUCAUCGUGAUACACAACAAACAUUGGCCAUAUUGGAUACAUUGGAUAUGGAUGCAGCUAGUUUAACUGAAGAAGAAAUGUCAAAAAAAUUUGGUUAUGAAGAACAAUAUCAUAAAGGAAAAUUAACAAGAUGGCAACGUUUAAAACCAAAAAUAUGGUUAUUAUUUGAUGAACCAUAUUCAUCUAAUGCGGCCAAGGGUGUGGCAAUUAUUUCCGUAUUUUUCAUAUGUGUAUCAAUAUUUUCAUUUUGUAUAAAAACACAUCCAAAUAUGCGUGUGCCGGUCAUUUACAACCGUACUAUAAAACAGCCACCAAAUUUUCGUCCACCUAUAAAUAUUGAUGAUAAUAAUGAAAAUGAAGAUUUUGAUGAUAAUGAAUCAAAAUCAUCAUCAUCAUCAUCAAAAACAUGGAAAGAAUCAUGGACCUUGGAUAAACAUAAAACCGAUGCACAUGAUGCAUUUUUCUAUAUUGAAUCCAUCUGUAAUGCUUGGUUUUCAUUUGAAAUUGCAACAAGAUUUUUGGUUGCACCAAGUAAAUUGGAAUUCACAAAAGAUGCCAUCAAUGUAAUCGAUGCCAUAGCAACGUUAUCAUUUUAUUCUGAUCUAAUAUUACAAUCAUUGGCCGCAUCUGUACAAUUGGCCAAUGCUGAUAUAUUGGAUUUUUUUUCCAUUAUUCGUAUAUUAAGAUUAUUUAAAUUAACAAGACAUUCACGUGGUCUGAAAAUACUUGUACAUACAUUUCGUGCUAGUGCCAAAGAAUUAUUUUUAUUAGUAUUUUUUCUAGUACUUGGUAUAGUUAUUUUUGCUAGCCUAGUUUAUUAUGCUGAACGUUUACAAGCGAAUCCAAGAAAUGAUUUCAAAAGUAUACCCGAAGGAUUAUGGUGGGCUAUUGUUACUAUGACUACAGUUGGUUAUGGUGAUAUGGUUCCACAAACAUAUGCCGGAAUGUUAGUCGGUGCAUUGUGUGCAUUAGCCGGUGUAUUAACAAUAGCAUUACCUGUGCCGGUAAUUGUAUCAAAUUUCACAAUGUUUUAUUCACAUACACAAGCAAGAGAAAAACUUCCAAGACAACGACGUCGUGUGGUUAAUGUGGCUGAUCCUAUACAGCCAACAUCAACAACAACAUCACCGGCACCACCUCAAUCAUCUACACAUCAUAGUUGGACAAAUACUGGUUCUACAGCUGCACCAACGCCUACACCACCACCACCACCAUCAUCAUCAUCAUCAUUGAUAAAGCCUACUAUUGCUAUAAAUAAGCAAUCAUCAUCAUCAUCAUCACCACCACCACCGCCUUUAUCAUCAUCAUUAAUAAAAUCAAAUUCGACAACAACAUCCAUAACAACAACAACAACAACAUCAGCAACAACAACAUUUGUAACGACAAUGGCAACUACAAUGAUAACAACUACAAAUAACAGUUUAGUUGCUGAAAAACGACUUCGUCGUCGUUCAAGUCAACAACAAUCCAAUAGCAAAGAGAAUAAAAUAUCUGAAUUGUCAUAUGUUAAACAUGAUGAUGCUACUGCCAUCACCACUGCCGAUAAUAAUACUGUCAUCCAUCAUCAUAAAGAAACAAUAAUGGACGUAAAUAAUGAUGAUGGAAAUAUG